AUGGACCCCAAUAAUACCAAAGAUUUCCUGGAAUCGAAAAAAAUCCUCAUCUCUGGGGGCACUGGAUUUCUUGGUUCCGCCACGGUGCGCGCCCUGGCAGAAAGGUAUCCCUGUUGCGCCAUCACCGUCAUCGAUCGCAGCCCCCCACGCCCCCAAUAUGCACUGCCCGAGGGCAUUGCAUACAUGCAAGUCGAUGUGUCCUCUGCGAUCGAAGUUGGCAAGGCGUUUGAGGCGGUUCAGCCAGAUAUUGUGAUCCAUUCAGCUGGUAUUAUUCCAGCGUUGGCUGACCGAUUCGGUCGGAGGUUGGAGAAGGAGGUGUGGAAGACCAACGUUGUAGGGACUCAAAACAUGUUGGAUGCAGCCACAAAAAAUGGCGCCGCUGCAUUCAUCUAUACCAGUAGCUGCUGCGUGGUGACGGACGACCUGCGUUCAUCUUAUGCCAACAUUAACGAACAAUGGCCCACAUCACCAAGCUCUCUCAUCUAUGGCGAAUCCAAGGCUACAGCAGAGGCUCUUGUUCUCCAGGCAUCCAGUAACGAAAUGGCCACUUGUGCCUUACGCCCCUCCGUUCUGUGCGGACCGGGCGACUACCAGUUAGUGCCAGCCAUUCAUGCAUGCAUUGCCAAGUCCGAAACCCCGUUUAUUAUUGGCACUGGAGAUAAUCUGUGGGAUGUCACUCAUGUGAGCAACGUCGCCGAUUCGCACGUCUUAGCUGUGGAGAACUUGAUGAGCUCUCGUACGGCAGCUGGAGAGGCGUUUUUUAUCCAAAAUAAUGAGCCCAUCGCCUUUCGGGAUUUAUGCCUGGCGGUAUGGGCACAUUUCGGGCAUAUCCCGCCCUUCGAAAUUCGAAUUCCGGAAGGACUAGCCUUCUUUGUAGGGUUGGUCUGUGAAAUCGCCACCCGGGUGAUGGGAACCAGCACAACCCUGAGCCGGGGGAGUGUGCGAGACGCGUGCGCUAUACGAUAUGCUAGCGGUGAUAAGGCUAAAAGUAUCCUGGGUUACGAGGCUCGCAUUGGCAUAGAGGAUGCCAUUCGGUUAAGUUGUGAGGUAAGACGAGACCACAUCGAUUAUGCUCAUCGUAUCGGAGUAGAACUGUACGUCUCAAGCCAAUCAAGAAGAAGACUUGAAGAUACGAAUCCAUGA